UAGUUAGUAGUCAGUCGUCUGUCUGUUCCUGCUUCCCAUCUGAGGCUGCCGCCGACUCAACGCGACUCACAAGACGACACAAAGGCGACACUCCUCUGUGCCUCUACCCAGCUCCUGUCCUCAACGGGAGCAUACUUUUCAGAGUCGCAGACAGCUACACUACCGCUUCUCGUGACUAGUGCAGAGAUCCAGCGUCUACAACAGACAGCGCAUCCACCAACAUCCAGAACCAAGAUAGUCUGCCCCACACCAUGACUUCAUCGCUUCAGACAGCCUCGAAGGAUCCUGCAAAGGCAGUAGACACAAGUAUGCUAGAUGAGUAUGAGCUGGUCCAAACUGCGCAUGGCGUAGCAACUACAUACGCUUCCAGCAGCUGUGACGAGACACACGAAGAUGACCUGUCUUCCCUGACUGAGCACACGACCGACGAUGAGGAGGAUCGCCACUCAAACAACGACUCGACCACUUCUCAAAAGACAAGUGGAUAUCACCCCCAGCGCACAACAGACGCAAGCUCCAGUGAUGAACAUCCUGCUGGUGAAAGUGGCGAUGAUUGGGAGGACGAGAUGGAAUCUCGACAAGCUGAAAGUAACGUCACAUUACAGAUGCCAGCAGUGCAUGGGUCUCGAGAACUCCCACGACAGGAGGAGCCAUUGCGUCCUGUUCAAGAGCAGGUUAAUUUCUUUGAUCACCCUGUGAAAGGCCCCAUGGCGGCUAUUGUGUCGUGGCUUGCCUUCUUUGCUUUCCUAUAUGCAGUGGGCGUCUUUGACGGAGAGCGAGACAAGUCGACUGCUACGGAGUAUGCAAAACUCCCGCUCACCUUUGGCAACAUGUCAAAGACCUUGACGUCUCUUGAAUUCCAUCAACUUUCUGGCAUCAACACGCUCAUCGUCCUACCAUUAUACCUACGCGUUCAGCAUAACCAGAAGAUGCCAUCCAUCAUGGCCAUUAUCAAGCGCGAAGGGUCCAAUGAAUUCAUACAAAGCAAGUUGUCGCUCGUUUUGGAUAAUCUCUACUCCCUCGACUGGUCACCCGCCGAGACAUGGGGUACGCUGGUCGUCCAAGCGCGUUACAAGCUACCGGGUACGUAUGCAGGAUGGCAAGAAGACGCCUACUCUAUCCAUUAUGAAAGGUUAGCUCCCCCUGCGCUACGACCAACAGACUUUGAAGAUAUGCUGUACAAACGUUAUCGUCACAUGGAUGAAUUGAAGGGGCAAGUCUUGGUCAAGCUGGACCGUCUCCUCAAAACUCUGGACAGCAGGUGGCCUGCUCGUCUCUAUGACGAUGAUGUAUCGAUGAAGCGGGAUGCAAAGCAGCCUGAUAAGGAGUCCAAGACGAAGAUGAUGGGGUUUCUCAAUAAGUUGAUGAAGCAAGAGACCGCAGUACAUGACCCUCAAGCACAAGCAAAACCACACUCUGCAAUCUCGUCGUCAAGCACUCCCAAGAACCAAGUCGAUGCUACAGACCAAUCCGCAGUGGCUUUAAAUGUUGCCAAAGCAGCAGCUGGAACCGAAUCACCAACAGCCCCAAAAGCAAUACUUGAAGCUGUUGAACAUCUACUUAAGGGCCUCGAAAAGGCAAAACUUGCUACGAGAAGGGAAACGCAAGACAAGGCUAAACAGAGUGCAAAACAAGCUCUGCAUGCAAUCUCCAAUGUCGCAAGGACAUCCAUUGUCAAGACAAAACAAGGGGUCGAUGGAUUGAUGGGAACAAUGGCGAUUGUCAAGGAAAAGUCAAAGCAUGGUCUUGAGCGCUACAACAAGCUUGUCAAGGGCGAGAAGGCAACCAUGGCACGGGAAAGACUCAAGCGUGGAACGAAACGCGCACAGUCGGCUGCCAAAAUUGCGUCAGCCAAAGUAACGCAAGCUGGUAAGGAUGGGUAUGUGUCGCUCAAGCAUCGAGUCUUGGCACAGUGGCAUGAACGACGCAAUCAGAAGAUGAAACAAGUGAUGGCGGCUGAGAUGCCAAACAAUGAUUGACGAUGAGUCCAGCGAUAGCGAUAGCGUAUGUGUAUGUCAGUGAGCAGUGUUCAGUCUUUACUUGCCUCGUGCUGUCAACACUUGAUGAGUCAAUUUCAGGGGUCAGUCGUGGUCAUUCGGGCCUUCAAGAUGCAGCAUCACUGAUUCUUGAACUUACCGAGGACCUCCUCGAGCACUUUUGAGACAUAUAUGAGAAAGCCCCGGCUUUGUGGUUGACACCAUACAUGUUAUGCUCACGCGACCGAACAUGCAGCCCGAUAUGCUCUGAAGGCCCUUGGACCCAGUAGCGAUAUGAAGUAUCGUCACUUGUCACAGUGUUGCAGCAGAGUUGUCUGACUCCAGGCUAUAAGUUCAUGCUGCCUUGGCCACUCAGAUGGGUAAUGGGAACAGC